AUGCGAGUACAGAAGUACCGUGUAAUCAACAAUGGGAGCCAUAACUUUGACCAUUGGCCUGGUUUAAUUCUGUUUAAUUUCACCACGGGCCACUCGAUCGGCCUCAUUCCAAAGUGGCGAUUCCCCGUCCUACUCACCCCGUCACAUGGACUAGCAGUGGCCGCGUCAGUCGCGCUUGUCAGAAUUGUCCAGAUACAAAGACCAAAUUCAGUGGCCAUCAUCCAGCCUGCCACCGGUGUAAAGAGUUAUUUGAGGUUGGAUGAUGGUGCUUUACUAGAUCAUCCUGAUAUACAGCAGGUGCAGGUCGAGGGCCUGGUAACCUUCUACCUCCUUUCUACAGGUCAAAUUAAUCGGUCAGCGUCCAACCCCUUUUUCACCCGCAUGAAUUUUGGUUCUGACUCCUGGUGCCAAUUUUCACAUUAA